AUACAACCACAUUAAGUGAAUUUAUUCAAGACCAUUCCCACUCUUAUUUUUUCUUUCUUCAUUUUAGUUGUUGUCUAUAUAAUAAUACAUCAGAGAAAUAAGAGUGGGAGGAAAGUUUGUGAUGUAUAAAGCAGAACCUGUGGAUGUCAGGAAGCUGUGAAAAUUUUUCUGUUCACCAUAAUAAGUCGAACCAGUCAAGAGGAAAAUGGUCUGUGUACUAUUUCUUAUCAUCGGAUUAACACCAACUUUGGUCAUUGGCUACAAAAACUUUGCUGAUGUCCCUUGUGGUAAAACAUUAAUCAAUUCACGAAAACCAAAAGUUGUAGGAGGUCAAGAUGCACUUCCACAUGAAUUUCCUUGGCUGGUGAGCAUUACUAGAAAAGGAGGACACUACUGUGGUGGUUCGAUAAUUAAUUCAAGAUUUAUUCUUACUGCAGCCCAUUGCCUAUGCUCCGGCAGUAAUUCUAUUCCUGCAAGACAAUUUCGAGUGACGCUUGGAGAAUAUAAUUUACGUGAAGCUGAGGUUCCUGCGGCUGUGACGGAAAAUGUACGAAGGGUAACUGUUCAUCCAGACCACAUAUGUGGACAAUACGUGAAUGAUAUUGCUAUACUUGAGCUAGAGUCACCAAUAACUUGGUCAGACACUGUCCAGCCAGCAUGUCUUCCAGUAGCACAAGGGGAGAACGGCUACAAUUCAUACGAUAAUGAACAAGCCAUUGCUGCUGGAUGGGGAUGGCUUGGAGAAGACCGUUCAAAAUAUAAAAGAACUGACGUUUUACAAAAAGUAGAAGUUAACGUGGUGGAAAAUAAAGUCUGCAGGCAGUGGUAUGAAAGUCAAGGAAAAAAAACGCGUGUAGAAGCUCAACAAAUGUGUGCUGGUCAUGAGGCUGGUGGUCAUGACUCUUGCUGGGCUGACAGUGGUGGCCCCUUAAUGAUUAAAAAUCAUCUCCAGGACGAAUGUACAGUUGUCGUAGGUGUUGUUUCCUCUGGUGUUGGUUGUGCUAGACCACGACUUCCGGGAAUUUAUACCCGCAUUUCAGAAUACAUUCCUUGGAUCACGCAACAAACACUUUCCUAAUUUAAUAUAUGAUAAACUGAUUCAUAUGUAUGAAUACUGAAACCUUCUAGUCCUCAAUUUAAUAUAUGUAUCUCUAAUGUGUAAACAAGCCAAAUUUAGUUGUAUUAUAUGUAUAAGUAACGUCUAGUUUAUUAACCUCGCCAAAAAGAUUACUAUAUGGAAGAAAUAUUCCACAUUAAUUU